AAAAAAAGUUCAGCAAUCGAUAACAACCCACUUCGAUAACUUCGAGAUCCAGCAGCCCAGCAGCUUCCUACGCCAACAAUUUCCGGUCGCCAAUUUCCCGACGACGACGAUCUUCAAGACUAUCGGAAGCAUCGUGUACUAAUUGCGACACCAUGAAGAUCAAGACCUUAAGCCGAUCAAUCUCGGCUCAUCAGCCCCCGGGCUCUGUGCCCAAAGCUCCGAGGAACUUGGAUCCCGCCCUCCAUCCGUUCGAACGAGCGCGCGAAUACACUCGAGCCUUGAAUGCGACAAAGUUGGAACGCAUGUUUGCGCAGCCUUUCAUCGCCCAGCUUGGCCAUGGACACACAGACGGAGUUUACUGUCUCGCAAAGGAUCCGAACUCCUUGGAACGUUUUGCAAGUGGCAGUGGUGACGGAAUUGUCAAAGUUUGGGAUCUCACCAGCAGGGAAGAGAUUUGGCACGGCUCGGCACAUGAAAACAUCGUGAAGGGGAUGUCUUGGACAAGAGACCAGAAACUCCUCACAUGUGCCGCAGACCGAUAUGUGAAGCUCUUCGACCCAUACCAGACCAACAGCGAUUCCGCCCCUAUAUCGACUUGGCUCGGCACCAACGCUUUCACAAGCUUGUCCCACCACCGCUCGCGCAAUGCAUUCGCUGCUGCAUCCUCCGUCAUUUCCAUCUAUGACCUCGAGCGGCAUACCGCAGCGCCAGAAAUACUUCAAUGGCCGAACUCCACCGAUACCAUCACCAAUGUUUCAUUCAACCAGAUUGAGACGAGCGUGUUGGCGUCUUGUGCUACAGACAGAUCUAUCGUCCUCUAUGAUCUGAGAACGAGCAUGCCUGUUGCCAAGACUGUACUGAAGUUUGCCACGAAUGCCAUUGCCUGGAAUCCGAUGGAAGCAUUCAAUUUCGCCUCUGCAUCAGAAGAUCAUAACUGCUAUAUCUUUGAUAUGCGAAGAAUGGACAGAGCUCUGAAUGUUCUGAAGGACCAUGUGGCAGCCGUAAUGGACGUCGAGUUUUCUCCAACUGGAGAAGAGUUAGUAACUGCAAGUUAUGACCGUACAGUUCGCCUGUGGUGCAGAGACAAAGGUCACUCUCGAGACAUAUACCACACAAAACGCAUGCAAAGAGUAUUCUCGGCUAAAUGGACUCCGGACUCGAAGUACAUCUUGUCUGGUUCAGAUGAUGGCAAUAUUCGAUUAUGGCGCUCCAAUGCCUCCAAGCGGGAGGGUGUGAAGUCGGCUCGACAACGCCAGGCGCUUGAGUAUAAUGAGGCACUUUCUGAUAGAUAUGCUCAUAUGCCAGAGAUAAGGCGCAUCAAGCGCCAUAGACACGUGCCCAAGGUGGUGAAGAAGGCCGGAACUAUCAAGGCCGAGGAGAUUAAGGCUCUCAAAAGACGUGAAGAGAACGAACGCAACCAUUCGAAGAAGAAGUUUGAGAAGAGGAAGAGUGAGCGUGAGAAGAUGAUUCUGGCUCAGGAAAAGUAGUAUGCCCGCAUGGCGUAUCUGGUUUGCAUUGGGUUGGCGUUUAUUUAUGGAAAAGGGAUACCAUCAACAUGGGCUGGCGUUUUGAGUUGGCAAAACUACUUCCAUGCGGCCUCAAGGCACAUAGGUGAAGACGUAUUGCGAUGUCGCAUUGUAAAUUUACAUGCUGCAUCAGCGGCACAAUGUUCGUUCAUACAAUGCCCUGUCCGACUACGCAAAUUCCAUUAAUAUCCAUGUGCACACUAGCCUCGCCUAUGAUGCUGGAAUGGUUCUGUCCUGAUCUGUCCACGUUGGGUCCUCAUUCGCAGGCUCAGUCAACGAGUUCAUACAGACCAGACGGAAAUUACUGACUAGUAGGCACG